AAGGCGAGCCUCGGAUGGGGCGCAUGCGCCACGGUGUUCUUCCUCUCCCGCCCCCACCACCACUAAACCGGGCUGGGUUAUAUACCGAGAUUGCAGUGCAUGUUGGGAAACCGGGGGUUUUGCUGCUUUUUCCUCUCUGGGGGGGUCUUAGGCUGAGGCUGCAUCUGCAGAGAUGGAUGUUUUUCUAAUGAUCCGACGUCACAAGACAACUAUCUUCACAGAUGCCAAGGAAUCCAGUACAGUGUAUGAGCUGAAAAGAAUUGUGGAGGGGAUUCUUAAGAGGCCUCCAGAAGAACAGAGAUUAUACAAGGAUGAUCAACUGCUGGAUGAUAGUAAAACUCUUGGAGACUGCGGCUUCACCAGUCAGACAGCACGGCCCCAGGCCCCAGCAACAGUCGGCUUGGCCUUCAGAGCCAGUGAUGUCUUUGAGAAUCUCCGCAUCGAUCCCUUCUCCAGCCCUCCAGAGCUCCCAGACGUGAUGAAGCCCCAGGACUCUGGCAGCAGUGCUAAUGAGCAAGCAGUGCAGUGAAAAAAAUGAGGUUGUGGAGUUUGCUGCACAAUCCAUGGUAUCCUUGAACCUUCUUCCCCCAGCCUAAUCUGACACAGAGAAAGAUAUGGCGUCAUCCCUUGUCUCUGACCUUGGUUUCCCUUUUAGCCUUCUUCCUCUAAGCAAGGCUACAUGUCGCCCUUCUAAGCCCAACCUCACUCAUCUGACAGAGCUGUUUUCACUUUGGUUUUGAAAAUAAUAAAAAGGUCAGCUGUUUUUUUCCCCUU